AUGUCUACUCUGUCUGGCAAGCGGACCCCUCCUUUUCCCAACUUUUCACCUUACUGCACCUCCACCCUUUCACACUACUACUACAUUGAGCUCUUGGUCUGGAAUUAGUGGUGAGACGCCUGGUGAACAGCACAGACAACAUGGCCUUUUACAGAAGCUUCGGCACGCAGUCCAGAUUUCUCUUCCUCACAGUUUUUGCCCUCUGUGUGGCUUUUAUACGCACAGAAACUGUGCCUGAGGCUGAGGCUUCUCCCACACUACAUAGUGAUAACCAGGGCACGCAGUCCGGAGAUGAUGGAACAGAUGCAGGCCAGGCCACUACUAAAGACCCGCCCCAGGACCGGACACAACCCACUUUCAAUUCAGAUUACACUGACAUCAUGGACACCACGACAAUGGAGGAGGAAGGUGUCCUUGGCCCAGGUGCCAUCACAGCCAUUGUCAUUGCUGUGUUCCUUGGAGCCUCUGUUCUCCUCGCCCUUGUUGUCAUCACACUCCGAAAAUUUACUGCAUCUUAGAGGAGGAGGGCCUCCUGUUUAUAAUGUUCCUGUCUGUCUGUCUGUCUGCUUUCACUCUCUCUCACAUACAUAUGUGCUCAUACUAAUUCAUAUCUUUAUUGUAUUCAACCUUCAAACUUGGCAGGUCCCUUGUGGUUGGCAUAUGAUUGUUCACAUGGUCCAUUCAUUUAUAGAAACUGUAACAACCAAGCCAUAACUACAACUAUUUUCAAAAUAAAUAAUUUCAAAGAUGUUUUAAAGGUCCGUGUUUAAUUAAUAGGACUGAUCAUACUUUUUUUUUUUUAUUAUUUGUUUUCAGAGAUGUUCGUUAUUUGAAGUGAUAGAUAAGACAAUUAAACCCAACUUGGAUCUAAUUUUGUGAUUUCCUGACCUUUCUCUCUACAAAUGUCACUAAGAUAGUAAAUGAGAUCACACUAGUGAAAUAAGCAGAUGUGUUCAUUUUUAAAGAUAUAGUGAACAUCUAACACACAUCAAACGGUUAUCUUAAAGCUUUAAAAGAUAAAAUAAAGUGUGUGUGAGUGUGUGUUCCAGUUUCAAAUAAAGUGGGAGAAAAUGUACUCUGCAGAACAGAAUCAAUGCAUUCAAUGCAUUUAGCAAAUGUGCAUGUGUGUCUGGAUAAAUUUGUGUCAUAAUUACUUAUAAUUAAUGAAUUAGUUAAAGAUAUAUGUAGUGCUUUGACUAUAAUCAGCUUAUGAUGCUUGAUGUACUGAUGUACUUUUAGGUGUUUAUAUUAAAUUCUUUAUAUUAAUAUGUUGAUUAGCACCAAACCUUGUCUGUGAUUUUAAGUUUUAGAAAGGAUGUCAGACCAAAUAUUGAUUAUUCAUUACAAAUCAUUCACUGAAUUUGAUACUAUUCUCCCCACUGUUUCAAAUAUCUGUUGUAUAGUAACAAAAUGGAAACAUAUAAAU